AUGAGACCGACACCAACAUCUUGCAAUGCAAGAGUCCUGGCGCAAAGCAGCGCCACACUCUUGCGUCAGCUGCCCCGCACCGUCGCAUCUCGGCGGGCAGCCAGCUCAGCCUGCGGUGGAUCUCCUUCUACUGGCUUGAAUCUUGCCGCCUCUCGCAACCCGCUUUCAACCGUGCCGUCCCGGACCCGCACCUUUGCUUCGUCUGCACGUCUCUACUCACAAGUCUCGACGGAUGGUUCCGAAUGGAAGCUGGCCAAGGUGCCCAACCGUGGUGUUGUCGAGGUGAGCGGCCGUGACACGGUGAAGCUGCUGCAGGGUCUGGUGAGCAACGAUGUGAAAAUCCUCGCAUCUGCGACAGAGCCGCAUGCACCAGCACUCGUCUACGCCGGCUUCAUGAAUCCGCAGGGAAGGAUGCUGGCCGAUGUCUUUAUCCACCGUCAGGCACCCCUGCAGGACGGUUCGCCGCGAUGGCUGCUCGACAUUGACUCGCGCACGCUCCCGUCGCUGCUCGCAUUCAUCAAGAAAUUCAAGCUACGCUCCAAGGUCAAGCUCACCGACGUGUCGAACGAAUACAGCGUCGUGCAGGCAUGGACUUCAGCAGCGAGUCAGCCGAACUCGACCGUGACGGAGCAGCUAAGUCGCGAUCCGAGGUGUCCGACGAUAGGCUACCGCGGUGUAGUCUCGCACGAGACCCACGCAACGCUGCGCGACCAGAUUGCAUCGGUGGAGGACGAGGAAUAUACGAUCCAUCGCAUAAUGCAAGGUGUUGCAGAAGGUGCGCUGGAUGUUCCCGAGGCGGCGAGUUUGCCGCUGGAGAACAACCUGGACUACAUGCACGGCGUCGACUUCCGCAAAGGCUGCUAUGUGGGGCAAGAACUCACCGCACGUACUCAUCACACCGGUGUCGUCCGCAAACGCAUCGUUCCGCUCCAAUUCUACCUCCUCGGCACGCCUGCUCCGGACACACUCAAUGUCGACCGCGGAGCAACAUUCCAGCUCCCCGCCCACCUCGCCGAAGUCCGUUCAAAGCCAGUAGCUUCCGCUUCGGCAACGGCAAAGCCCGCAAGGGGAAAGGCAGCAGGCAAGUUCACAUCGGGUAUCUACAAUGUUGGACUCGCUUGUCUCAGGCUGGAGCAGGUUCAGCGAUGGACCGAUGCAUCCAACCCGACGUCGGAGGAUGGGCUGGAAAUGUCGGUGCUUUCGGCUGACGGCGAAACGACUCUGCUCGUCAAGCCACACAUCCCCAAGUGGUGGCCAGAACCGCCACAGCCCGCAGACAACAACGACCCGCAAGAAUAG